UCACGCGCCUCCGCGGGUGCGCAGAAGAGCCAAUCAGGCGCUCGGCGUAUUUUACAAACUGGGGAAGGAGCGCCGUGGAAGCCAGAGUCAGGAAAAAGCGGAGGCAGUGUGAAUGAGCCAGAGCGGUUCCGAGUUGUAGCCGUCAUGACUACCCUCCAAGCCACAAAGGAUCCUCUCCUGAGGGGUGUAUCUCCUACCCCUAGCAAGAUUCCCGUACGUUCUCAGAGACGCCAGCCUCUCCCUACAGUCAAACCCCGCAUCCUGGAUCAGGAGAACCAAGAUCCAAAGAGACUGGUGCAGAAGCUCAGUAUUCAACGCCCUGUCGACUCAGCCGGCCCCACGCCAAAAGUCACACAUCAAACGGAGAAAUCAGAAAGAUCACUGGAGAGCACUCAGCUCCGGAACCCCUUGGAGGAACUGAGGCCUAGCCCUGGGGGACAAAAUGUGGGGCCUAGGCCCCCUCCCCAGACAGAGGCUCCAGGGACCGUAGAGUUUGUGGCUGACCCUGCAGCCCUGGCCACCAUCCUGUCAGGUGAGGGGGUGAAGAGCUGUCGCCUGGGGCGCCAGCCCAGUCUGGCUCAGAGAGUACUGGUUCGAGGGAGCCAGGGAGGCACCAUCCGUAGAGGCCAGGGUGCCCGGGCCUCUGCAUAUUUAGCCCCUAGAACUCCCACCCACCGACUGGACCCUGCCAGGGCUUCCUGCUUCUCGAGGCUGGAGGGACCAGGACCCCGCGGCCGGACCUUGUGUCCCCAGAGGCUAGAGGCUCUGAUUCCACCUUCAGGACCUUCCUUUCACCCCUCUGCGCACCCCAGUUUCCAGGAGCUAAGAAGAGGGACAGGUGGCAACAGCCGGACUUCAGUGAGCCAGACCUCAGGAUUACUCCUGGAGACCUCAGUUCAGCCUGCUCCCUCUCUCCCUGAAGGAGAACAUGAAGUUGUUACUCACUCUGAUGAAGGAGGAGGGGGCCCCCUAGGUCUGGCCCAGCGGGUACCAUUAAGAGAGAUAACCCACACCAGGGACGGCCGUGCCUCCCACCUGAUACCCUCCCCUGGCCGUGUGGUGCCACCUUCCAUCACCCAUCCAUCACCCUUUGGACAGGCUCAGCGUGUACCCUCGCCUCGCACCUCAGCUCCAACCUCGUAUUCAGUUUUGCGGCGUCUUGCCGUUCGCCCCAAAACCCAGUUCACACCCAUCCUGUCGGCCCCCAGAGUUCAGCAGGCCCAGUGUUUGAGUGGCCUCUCCCCUCAGUCUUGCCCUGAAGACCCUGCCCUGCCCUGGGAGCAGAUUGCAAUCCGGUUAUUUGACCAGGAGAGCUGCGUGAGUUUGCAUGAGGGUCCUGGGAAACCCGCCGUGGCAGCUCCUCAUGGACCCCACCCUGGCACAACCCCCAAGCUCCAGGAGCUGAAGAUGCAGCGCAUCAGUAUCCUGCAGCAGCUGUUGCGACAGGAGGUAGAAGGGCUCACAGGGGGCAAGUGUGUCCCCCUGAAUGGAGGCUCCUCUCUGGAUAUGGUUGAACUUCAGCCCCUGCUGGCUGAGAUGUCCAGAACUCUCAAUGCCCCAGAGAAGAAUUCAGGGGACUUACACCCUCUCGGACUGUUACAGAACCCUGGGCUACCAAAGCCCUGCCUCCCAGAGGAGUGUGGGGAACCACAGCCCUGCCCAGGAACAAAGCUGGAGAUAGCUCAGCCCUGCCCUGCAACAGAGCCAGGGCCCCCAGAGUCCAGCCAUAGCAGGGAGCCUGGGAUACCAGAAUCCCCUGUCCAGGAACAGCCUGAGGUAUCAGAGCCCUGCCCUCCAGUAGAGCCUGGACCCCUUCAGGCAGACUCCCACGGGCAGACUGGACUCCUAGAGCCCUCCCCUAGGAUAGAGCCUGGGGCAUCAGAGGCCUGCUUCCUGGAACCUAGAAGUCCAGAGUCCAGCCCACGGCCCUGCUGCAGUCCGUGGGCACCAGCCACCACCAACCUGAUCUUCUCCUCCCAACGCCCACUCUGUGCCAGCCCCCCUAUUCACUCACUCCGGUCACUGAAGCCCCCAACAGGCCAGGCAGGCCCCAGCAACCUGGCCCCUCGAACCCUGGCUCUGAGGCAGCGCCUCAAAGCAUGUUUGACUGCCAUCCACUGCUUCCACGAGGCCCGCCUGGAUGAUGAAUGUGCCUUCUACACCAGCCGAGCCCCACCCUCAGGCCCCACCCGGGUCUGCACCAACCCUGUGGCCACAUUACUUGAAUGGCAGGACGCCCUGUGUUUUAUUCCAGUUGGUUCUGCUGCCCCACAGGACUCUGUAUCAUGAUGCGUCCACAUCCUGUUCUGCCAUGUGCCUUCCUUUUAGCCCUUAUUUAUUAUCCUUCAAUAAAGUUUCUUUUUUUAUUUUA